CAGAAAGAACAGACAAAAUGCAGGCAGGGCACGGGACAAAGCACUAGGGACAAAUCGUUUACAAAAAAAUGACAGUUUUAAAAAUAAAAAUUUUUCAUUUGCCGCCGGUUCCGGCCCCCGUACGUCCCAACGUCACAGGGACUGGAACACAGAAGCCGGAUGCCGGCAUCGGCCGGAGGAGAUGGCCGGGACGCUGAAGGAGGAACAUCGUGGGAGCGAAGGACAAGGUAAGCGCUGCAGGGAAUCCCUCAGCAACGCCGCAUGGUAAGCAGAAUACCUGUCAUUGCUUAUUGCGAU